CGACUAGCGCUGACAUUGCUGUGACGGCUAUCCGUACAGCUUCAGUAGUCGGCUAUCCAUUCUUGCGCCACGAAUCGUUUCUUAGCCAGCAGUCCCGCAUACAACCACAGAAAGCUGUCGGCCCGACUGUUAUAGCUGCUCCCCUUCGCCUGCUCUUCAUAUACACGCGCGACGAAGAGGAAGCCUUAACGUCAGCUCACGAGCGCCAGAGUAGCUGGCGAGGCAGCUAAAGGGCAGUUCUGCGUCUGCUGCCUGCGAGACAAAGCUGCAAGCGGAUCAUGUUUGGGCCCGGCCCAAGCGGAGCGCCUGUUGGACUCACUACAACGUAUCCCCCACAGCCGUAUGCUCCACAAUCAACAGGAGUGCCGCAGCCUCAGCACUCAUUUAACAUGGGACCCAGUAUACAGCCUCAGACUGCUCCUGGAAACGGAGCCGGUGCGAACAACGGCACAACCACGAUUUCUCGAAAGCGGCCUACAUCACCAAGCAAAGAGGUCGUUGGCGGGAGCGCUGGAGACAAGCGGGCACGUGGUGACGCUGGCCCCUCAAAUGCGAACAAGAGCAUCAAUCCGCAGCAUCAGAGUCAAGAAGACUACAACAAGCUUGUUAAAAGCGUCCAUGGACCGCUUCCCGAGACCGCUGCGUGGGGUGAUGAAGCGACAAAGCUCGAUGUGUACGUGUGGGACUACCUCACGCGGCGAGGGUUUCAUGGCUCUGCGAAGACGCUCGUGAGCGAGGCUGGGAUGGUAGAAAUUCCCCAGGUCCCUCUUCGCACCCCUCAAGGUCUCUUGUUCGAGUAUUGGGCAAUUUUCUGGGACGUUUUUGCCGCGCGCAAUGGGCGAGGGUCUGCUGAGGCCACCGCAUACCAUGAGUUCAGAGAACAGCAGCAAGAACGUCAGGUGGCGACAAGGCGCGUCGAGAGCCAAAUCGCUCAAGGUGUCCCUCCCCCAGAGACAGCUCGCUUCCCAAACAUCGUUGUCGGAGCAGGAGGGCAGCCACGGAGCUCCAUUGCUGGUGCGCCUUCAGCAGGUCCCAACGGUCUCGAUCACAACGCAGGACGGCCCAACAUCCCUGCUCUCGCUGCUUUGACUCCGCAGCAACAGCAAGCGCUACUGUUCAACGCUGCAGCCAGGUCGGGGCUCUCCCGAGAGGAAGCACUCGCUUUGGCGCCUCACACCAAGCUCGGACUGGUACAGGGUGCUUUGGCAAACGCUCGGCAAGGUAUGGAUGCUCAGAGUCGGAUGCAGCAAUCGCAGCAAAUGCUAGGCAGGCACUUGCAAGCCCAGCGUCAACAAGGUGCGGGCUCGCCAGUAGCUGGGGGUGCGACCUUGCCAGAGCACGCGGGUGGCUCCGCGAUGCAACGGCCAGGACAACCGCGACCUCCCCAAAUGCCAGGUAUGCAUAGCUCUCCAGUAUCGCAGCACUCAGGUAUGGGCUUGCCACCCGGCGUCAACGCGCCCCACAAUGCGCAAGGUGGUCCGAAUGUGGAUGGAAGGCGAUCAGUGGGUCCGAAUCAGACGCCUUCUUUACAGGGCAGUCAUCCCGGCACGCCGGCGCCGAAUCCGACGCAACAACUACUGCCGCCAGGUCUCUUGUCCCAUGGCGGUCUCCCUCUUUCGGCAUCGCAAUCCGACAUAGAGGGGCCUGACGGUCAGAGAUAUCCACUCUUGUCCAACCAGCAAAUGUUCUCCGUUAUAUCUCAAAAUUCUCUCUUGAUGCAGCAGGUACGGCAGCAGCAGCAACAACAACCGCCCCCCGGCCACGUGGUGGACGAGGCACAGCGUAGCAAGAACAUCGCAUCCUUGGAAGGAAGGCGUAAGCAUCUUGAAGCUAUGAUCAAGGCUCAGCCCAACCACCAGGAGCAUCUUAGGUUAUGGCAGGAAGGGCAGAUCCGACAGACCAAACAGGGCCAUGCCUCUCCCAUCUCCGCCGGAGGUGGCCCUCUGCACGGAAUGAACGGGAUGAUGCCAGGCGCGAACCCCGGCAAUCAGCCCGGUCAGCCACAGAGGGGACGCAUGACACCGGCUAUGGCGACCAGCGAUCCCAAUCUCAUGAUGAGCAUGAUGGGCGGAGGUGGUGGACCGAGUCCCUUGACGAAUGGUAUGCCAAGAGCCGGCCCACCAGGCUCCAAUUUCGCGCAACACGGCAUUAAUGCUUUCCCUAAUAUGCAGCAGAACGGGCCCUCGCGAGACGGCUACGGUCCACCGCACCAGAAUGGCCAGCCUCAGCUUGAUGGUGAAGAGGGUGCUCAGCAGCGUACGCAACCCGCUUUUGCGAAUCCCUUCGCAGCAGGACCGCAGCACCCUCAAGGACAGCAACAAGCGCAGUUUCAGCGACCGGGAGGAGCACCGCCAGGCGACGAUCCUCAGGGAAGCAAUAUGACGCAGGCCCAGCAUAGUCUUGGGCUUCCUGGCCAGCACCAAGGCGCUACGCCUGGGCCAAGCGGUCCACAAGGUCCACAGUUUGGUAUUCCCCAGACGCAACGACCCGGAAUGGCGCGCCAAGCAAGCGGAAUGGGACCACCCACAGUCCCUGCCGCCAGCCCACGUGCGCAACCUGGCAACGUUGGCGCCUCACCUGCUUCGACCACUGCUGGCGCGACACCCAAGGGACCCGCAGCAGAGAAGAAGAAAAAGGAAACAAGAGCGAGGAAAAACUCCAAAGCUGCAAAUAAAACACCAGUCAUCGGCUCGGCAAGUAUAGCGACUGGCGGCGCCGGAGCCAACGCUGCGACUCCGAUUGCGCCGACACCAGGCAGCUCGAGCAUACCAACGCCCGGACGCGAUGCGCUCGGCGCAGGCAUGCCUGACAAGGGCGGUCCGCUCGCUGCUGGCGGAGAUCCUACCAACUCAGAUCCUGCAGGUCAAGCACCGCAAGCGGGCGGAGCCCCCCAUCCAAUGGACUUCCUUGGGACGAACGCUGCAAACGGCCAAGGCAACGCGUCCUUCGACGCCUCCAAUCUGUUUUCGACCACCGCAGGGGCUACUGGCGCCAGUGGCCAGACAGAUUCAUCGGGCAACGUGGCGGACUUUUCCGCGAUCUUUGCAAACGACCUUGGAGAUAUGUUCGGCAUGGGCGACUUCGGCUCUGCCAUGGGUGGCGAGUCUAGUCAGACAGGCAAUGCGUCCCUCGCCAACACUACAGAUUGGGACUUUACAUCCGGCUUCUUCACCAAUGACGGCGCCUGACUCUCUUCGAACUGCGCACAGCACGGGGAGCGAAUCAGCAGGCCUGGCGGUUCGUCCACUCCCAGGCAAACACGACCACGAUUUGAUUUUCGCCUACAAUGGCGAUUUGCUUUGCCAAUACCAGCACUUUCGGCUCAACGACCUCUUCAAAAA